AUGCACCUUGUUGAUUUCCCACUCUCCCAUCUGUGUGAAUUGUCUCAAUAUCUCACAGCAGCCAUUUCACUCUUGGUUGUGACAAAAAGGGUCAAACUGGAGUCAUCAGAACCACCUAAAACAACCCCAAACACUUCCUGGACAAUCCCACACACCCAGGAACACCAUGACCCCUACCCAGAGCAGUCCUUCAUCAGGCCAACACCUGUAGAUCUCCCAAGCACAUCUCAAGCAGCAACAAGUAAUCCCCUAAGCAAAGAAUGUCUAUCAGUGCAACCAGGAGAAACAAAUGAAGAAAAGGAGGCAAGAACGCUACACAACAUUGCUACCAUCAUGGGCAGAGUCUUAUCUGUCCCACUUCAGAGCACCUUCAGGGGACCGUCCCAUACUCCUGGCCCAGCCCAAGUCAAAUCAAAAUCCCUGCUCCUGAGAAGUACAAUGGAAAGAAGGGUCCUGCAGCCAAAUCCUUUAUCCAAGAUUGCAACACAUACUUCCUCAGCAUGCUGCUUCCUUCCCUUCUGA